CCGGCGUUCAGCGCAUACGACACCCCAUAUCCCUGGCCAGGGCUGUCAUGGAUAAGACGGAGCACUGCCUACUGAUAGCUACCGGCGCUGAGGACUUUGCGCGAGAAGUGGGCAUUGAGUUGGUGGCUAACGAGUCGCUCGUACACGAGUGGGCACAGAAACGAUUGAAUGCUUACAAGACUUUCGAGCGAACUAUAAGUGAGGAUAAGCCGCGAAAUACCGGCGCUAUCGGUAGCCAUGGGUCGACCCCCACAGCUACCACCACCACCACUACCGACCCACCGUUGAGCGGAGGCACCGGUAGCUCAGAGCACGACACGGUGGGCGCCGUGGCGAUCGAUAGCCGGGGUAACUGCGCGGUCGCCACCUCUACGGGCGGUAUAACCGCCAAACGGGUGGGUCGUGUGGGCGACAGUCCUAUUGUGGGCGCCGGUGGUUAUGCCGACAAUACGUCCGGAGCUGUCUCUACGACAGGUACCGAUGUUCUGGAACUACAGCUUAUGAUAAUGUAUGUUUUUUGGGCCAAAGGUCACGGGGAGGCCCUCAUGAGGACAUGUCUGGCCCGGCACGUGAUGUACGAGUUCACGGCCGAGGGUAGGGCUGCCGGCACCGGGAGGUUUACUCUACAACAGGCGGUGGAUAAGUCGCUGGAUAUGAUGGCCGAUAGAGUGGACGGCUAUGGAGGGGCUAUAGCUGUGGCACCGGGAGGUGAGGUGGGCGUGGGCUUCACGACGCCGAUGAUG